AUGAACAUUAAUACAUCAAGGCAAUUUGGAUGUCUUUCAAGUGUUGUUUUCAGUGGAUUGUUAAUUUUUAUUAGUAUUAGCACAACUCUACUGUUCAGUACAGUUAGCGCCAGUUUGCAGAUUAUACCACAUUUUACGGGCCUACCUCCAUCUAUAUCCCAGUUUGUCUAUCCAUCAAGUGAUAGUGUCAGCUUCCCACCACUUGAACUUGUAUGUCGAGCAUGGCCAGCAAAUUCAAAACUGCAUCUACUGGCUCAACAGCAAGCAACUUCAUCAGUAUUGCCAGAUCAAACCUUUGGUUUAAAUCCUAUCGUGUCCACCUCAUUGAUUGCUGGUAAUCCUAAUAGUAAUAAUAAUAAUAAUAAUAAUAACAAUGGCUUAGUACAUCUUCCACAAGGUCUUGGAAGUCAACGUCAUGCUAUCCUAUCUGCUGAACAAAUCACGUCGUCUUCGUCGACGUCGUCUUCGUCUUCUCCGCAUCAUCUUCCAAACUCAGAUGGCAAUCUGUUGUUGUUAACUGGCAAUAGUGGUUCUAACAACGGUGUUGUUGGUGUUGUUGGUAGUCAUCAACAGUCUGUCAAUCAGCUGAUUAUUCAUGAGACAUCAGCUGAUGCUAUUCGUGACAAUCCUGCAGCUACAGCACAUGAUGAAGUUGCUAUUCGUCUUAUUGUCUCUAGUCAACGGGAAUUAAGUCAACUGGAAUUGAUGAAACUUCACUGUUCCGUGUCCACGUCAUUUGGUCGUAAAUUAAGUGCACCAUUUCGUGUGCUACCAGCUACUUUAGGCUCAUUCCCGCCUUCAAGAAACUCUGGAGGAGCUUCUGCUACAUCUCAUACUGAAAAUGUAGAAUUUCUGCAUGGAAAUAUAGCCAUUGUUGAUUGCUAUUUACCUGUAAACAGUUUCCCAAAGCCUAUAAUUGAAUUUGAGUUGAACAAUACUGUUAUUGAUCUUACAGCCUUGAAAAAUGAAAAAUAUCGUCAAAUUACUCGAGCAGAUGGAAAACGUGUCAGUUUGCUGAUACAAAGUUUUCAACCACGUGAUUGCGGGAUCUACAGAUGUGCGGCGAUUAAUCCAUUAACGAAAGAAAAGAAAUAUUCACCGGAUUCAGUGAAUUUAAAGAUUAUUUUUCCAGGUGGUCCUGUCUCUGGAAAAAUUCGUGUUCCAAUGGCAUCUGAAUCAAGUGAUCCAAGGAAUUCAGCUGCAUCACAGGAGAUAUUAGUCAGGGAGGGUCAAAAUGUCUCUUUAUUCUGUAUUAUACAAAGUGCACCGCCACAAAUGGUAACCACUUAUCCAUUUGACCACAAUAAAACUGCACAGAAUCGAUUUCAUCGACACAAUCCAUUUGGUCUAUUGGAGAUAACAAAUGUCCAACCAAGCGAUGCUGGUAUAUACAUAUGCACAAAUCAUCAACUCAGUUCUACAACUCAAUUGCGUGUACAAAGACGUUUACGGAUAACUACAAAGCCGCAAGAUGUUUUUAUUCAUCGUUUCGGUGAAACUGUUCAAUUCAAGUGUACUUCAUCAAAUGAUCAAGUUAUCCCCUAUUGGUUAUUUAAUGGACAGCCAAAAAUCACGGGGAUUGGAAAAAAUAAUACGUUAACUAUCACUAAUGUAACUGAGCAUGAUAUUGGAAUAUACCAAUGUAUAGCGCAUCGAUGGGAUCCAGAACCUGAUCUAGAAGAAUGGGUAUCUGCAUCAGCUAUUCUAGCAAUGCAUUCAGACAAGAUUAUUCGUACAGCUCAAGAAUUGUCAGCGCUAUUACCAGCACCUAAGCAUACAAGACUAGAAGAAACUCCUCCAGAAAUUAUCACUGAUAGUUUAACGCCAAUCGCUGAACCCGUCUAUGAUAAUUUAGCUGUAUACAUGACAUGGAAAGCUUAUACGAAACCAGAAUUACAAGCGUCUGAUGAAAGUGCCAGCACCGCCACCACCACCACUACAGACAAUGCUGGACAAAUCACCUAUCGUGUUGAGUAUUCAAUGCAAAUUAGUCCUGUAGAAAGACAAUAUUUGAUGAAUACUGCUCAGGAAAAUAAUAAUAGUACUAGUAGUGGCAGUAAUAAUGAGAAUAAAACCGCCUCGGAUUUAUCCGAUUUACGCGCUUUAAUUGGUUUAGUUGGUUAUGAAGCGAUACGUUGGAGUGAACCAACUGCACUUAAUCAACAGUUUUCAUCACCGUAUGCUUAUGCAACUGGUGAUCCACUCGAGCCGGGUAGACGUUAUCGUUUCCGAGUGAUUGCAUUAGAUCCUUCAACCGGUGUGCAUUUAGUCCCACCAUCAGGUUGGUCAAAUAUAGUCAGUAUGGAGCAUAUAAGUCAAGUGGAACCGCCACAAAUAAAAGUUGUACGACCUAUGUCUGAAGGUCGCAUUCAUGUUGUUUGGAUGUUCAAUGGCAUCGGUGGACAACAAAAUCCAAAUGAUGUGAAUAUCUUGUCCAAAUCAAGUUCUUCAUCAAAUAGCAACAAUAACAACAAUAAUGAUAAAGAAAAGGAGAAGAUAGGACAGCACACCUCAUCUACAGUGGAUACAUCGUCUAAUGCUGUUGGCGCUGGAGCUGUUGGAGGCGUCGGUGGCAGCACUAGCGGUAGCGGUGGUGGUUCAUUAUUGUUUCCUAAUGAUUUAAUAAACAAAGGCGGUGAAGAACAAUUUAUCGCUGAUCAUUUUCUUAUCCUUGCUCGACCUGUUAUUAAACCGAAACGUGGAUCUGGAGGGUCAAUUGAAUAUGGAGCGUAUUGGGCUACACAAGUCAAUGGAUCUAAUGCUAGGGAUGGAUUGUUGACGGGUUUGAAUAAUACUGCCAAUUAUCAGAUAAUUGUUUAUGGUGUCAAAGGGACUGGUGAUAAACGACAGAUCACACGUUUCUCAAAAGCUGUCUACGUAAAUAUGGCUUCAACUGAUUAUACUGGUCGUUACAGCCUAUUGGAUACACUGAAUAACAAUCGCCUAUUGUAUAUUAUAUUAGGCGGUAUAGCUGGUCUAAUGUUUCUUGUCAUGUUCAUACUUAUUCUCUUGUGUUUAUGUCGUCAACAUCAAGAUCGUCGGAUACAUGGUCAACGUAAAAAACAAAAUGGUUAUGUACAUGGUUAUAAAGAUUCACCGGAUUUUCGUACCACCACGACUGAUGGAGUGAAUAAUCCUCAGUUAACAACACAUAAUAAUCAUAGCAAUACUCCCGGUAAUAUGACUCACAGUAAUAAUAACAAUCAAAAUGCAACAAAUUCAGCAAUUCCUAAUCCCGUUGGAAUGAAUGAACAAGGCGGCGGUAUACCAACGAAUAUGAUGAUGACGCCAAUGAUGAUGAUGAUGGGUGGCGGCGCCGGCGGUAAUCUACAAUGUAGUGGUAUGUCUGAACAUUCAGCAUCGAACAAUACUAAUCAUAACAGUGAUUUACAACGUCAUCAAAUGUAUAUGCAACAACAACAACAGCAGCAGCAACAACAAUCAGAUCCAUAUGCUACUGCAUUAGGCGGCGGUGGCGGCGGUAUGACCAAAGAAUUACUUCAUCAACAACAACGUCAACUAAUGCUUGGCUCUCAGUUACACUUACAACAACAAGGUCAAUCAUAUAUGACUAAUCAUCACCACCACCCACCGCAUCAUCAAUCGCAUCAUUCUUUAUUGUUACCAUCUGUCGGGGGGAAUACAAAUCAUAUGUUCUCUGGACAUAAUAAUAAUAGUAAUGGUAUGGUACCGCCACCGACAAUGUUCCACAGUGGUACUCUGCCUAGUGGACCGCGUUAUUUACGUCAACAAUCGUGUGGUUCACAUUAUUUCGGUGGGAGUCAACAACCUCUGGAUAGGAAUAUGAUGAUAAGUCCAACAAAUGCUAUGGAAAUGACGGAAUUGUACCAUCACCAUCAACAGCAGCAGCAGAAUGGUUAUGCUUAUCAACAACCACAACUUCCACCGAUUCCGCAUCCACAAUCAUCCUCUGGUCUACCACCGCCUUAUCCAGCACCAAGUAAUACUGGAACUAUCAAUCGACAAAUGAUGGCAAACCAACAACAACAGCAGCAAGGCUAUUAUCCAUCUUCAGUAACUCCUAGUGGUACUACUUCAUUGAAACGUGAACCUCCAACUGGUGGCGGUGGAGGUUCCCUGCAAGAUGGUUCAGGUUAUGGUACAUUAUUACAACGUGGCGGUCCGUUAACAGCAUCUAUGAUGACUGAUCCAUCGAUUGGUGGAGGUAGUGUUGGUGGUGUUGGUGUUGGUGGUGGUUCUGUUCCGCCAAUGAUGAAUGCUGUCUAUUAUCGAGAUAGUCAACAAACAUUACAUAUGUAUCCUAAUGGUAUGAGUACGCCUCAGCCAUUACAACAACAACAGCAUCAUCAAGGAGGAGGGGGAGCAGGAGGAAUUUAUCAAUCACAUCAGCAACAACAGCAACAGGCGAUGUAUAUGCAACAACAACACCAACAACAACAAAUGCAACAAGCACAAAUGUAUCCUGGGUAUUUUAGUCCACAAUCACAGCAGCACAUGGAUUCUAUAGGACAUGGGCAUCAUAAUUUCAAUCAUACUGAUGGGGAAUCCGUCUAUUCAUAUUUCAGUCAACAAGAUAUGACUCAACCAGCUGGACAUCAACAUUUAAAUCCUUUACCAGAAGAGAAUCAAAUGAAUCAAGGUGAAAAUGCUCCAGGAUAUGUAGACUCUGGAAUUCAAACUGCUGAUAUUAAUGGUGGUGGUGGCACAGCAGCAGAUGCUGGCGGUAGUCCAGGAGCAGGUGGGGGUGGUAGUCAUCGACAUCAUCGUCGGAGAAGACGUAAACAAUCACAGCAACAACAAGAACGUCAAACUGGAGAUAUGUCUGGUGGUGGUGGAGGAUCUGAAGCACUUCAUGACUCUAAUAUUAUACAGGAUAAUGGUCCCGGCGGGGGUAUGGAGCGUUUACAGAAUCAAUCCCAAUCGAUUCGAGACUCUCAAAUGGAUUUAGGAAUGCAAAAACGACAGCACACUUUAUCAUCACCUGGACCAUAUUCAGAUACAGAUCCUAUGUUAUCUGGUCAAUCGAAUAUACCUGGACUGCAUUCAUAUCCACAUAAUGCUAAUGGAUCAAUGGAACCUCCACCGAUGUCAAGAUAUAUUCGUUAUGAUUCACCUCAACGUGCUCCCUCAGUAUUAGGUCAAUUGCCACCGCCAAAUCAACCACCACCCCCACCUCCGCCACCUGCUGUUGCAGCUAUGGCAUUCGCCUCGAAUAUGAACAUGAAUAAUAACAAUCCAGAUCAUGCUAGUCAUCAUAAUUCAAUGACCACUUAUCAACAACAGCAACAGCAGCAUCACUUUAAUCCUGAUUCCCUUUCACGACAUAUUGGAGGAAGUGGAGGUGUUGGCGCCACUGGUGGCAAUUAUCAUCAUCCAACAACAGGCUCCGGUUCUGGUACAGGCUUAUUAGUUGGUCCACCGCCAAGAAUACGUGAUUAUUCGGAAUAUGGUAUCCCUCGAGGGAUUGGUCUACCGCCAACACCAACAGUUGGUAGCGGGGGCGGUCAACCUCAGUCACUACCACCACAGCAUAAUGUUCUAAUGUCAUCACCACCACCACAUCCACAGGCGGUACCUUCUGGUGUCGGAGGUGGUAUGUACUAUGAUGGCGGUCAUUAUCAUCGUGAAGGACAGGCAUAG